UGUAUGGAGAUGAUGGGCCGCUGUUGGCCGGUUGAAGAGCCACUUCAGGCCCGCUGAUUGCGGCCAGGUGCGCCCGGUAACCGCGGCAACGGGCCCCGGUACGGGCGCGGCUCGCACCCACCCUCACUUUAGUUUACUGGGCAGCAGAGGAGCUUUAAAACACCCCGUCCAGACAGGUUUAUCUCCGGCCAGCAGAGCCGGGCUAAUCACGCCGAGAGGUCGGGGAGCGAGCAGCGAGCAGAUGGCGGCCUCUGUAGGCAGAUUAGCCGGAUAAGCCGCGGCGCAGAGCGGGGAGGACCGGCGGAGAGGCGCGGGGUUCAUCCAGCCGAGCUCCGGAGAGCCAGCGCGGCGAGAAUUCACCCGGCACAGCCUCCCACAAGCCGGGGGUCGGCUUCCAGAAACAUGCAUUUGUCAACACCCUUAAUCACCCCUCUGCUGGGCGUUUAACACCACAGUUAGCACUCUGUAACUCCGACUGCAGAACAGCCUCGGGCGGUGGAGCGUGGUGAAGAUGAACGGCCCGGCGGUCAGGAGGCCGGACGUGUGGGGGCUCGGGCUGCUCAUCUUCUUUCUCGGCUGUUUCGCGGACGACGGAGUCUCCGGUCAGGCGAUCUGCCGCCGACCCCUUUACCGAGAGUGGCAGCCCCAGCCCAGGAACAUCACCCUGAGGUGGACCCUGACGGAGAACACGUGCAGCGGCGCCGCCCAGUGCUGGAACGGGGCUUCCAGAGGCGACGACGGGCGACUCAGGCGACUUUCGCAACACUGGACCAAUCAGUCAUACGCCGCCCCUCAGCUCUGCCCCCUGGAGCUUCAGCUGGGCGAAGCGCUCUUCGCCGUUCCUGACCGAACGCUGGAGCGCUACGGGGUGAAUCUCAUCAACGUCUCCAGAGAGGAGUUUGAAAGCUGCUCGACGGAGAAAGCGCAGAGUCAGCACUUCAUCUUCUCCGGCGAUAUGAAGGGAAGCGUGCAGGUGGACCCGAAGUGGCUUUCCCCUGGCGUUCAUUACUUUGCUGCCACUCACAGAGGCAGCAGCCAGUUGUGCCAGCUCGGCCUUCGCGUUGGCGUGGUCGUCGGAGAGCAGCACUGUCAGAACUCGCCCCUUCUUCGCCUCUGCUCGGGAAACGGAGCCUGCAGAGCUAAAGUUGGAGAGUUUACGUAUCGCUGCCACUGCGACAAACACUACUCCGGACUCUACUGUGAAUAUUUUGAUGCCUGCUCGGAAAUGCCAUGCUUGAAUGGUGCCACCUGCUUAAGCAACAGCUCUGCCAGCCUGAAUCGGCUUCCUUAUGAGUGCUUGUGUCCGCCACAGUUUACAGGUGUGAACUGCUCUGAGAUCCUGGGCCAGAGGAACUGUACGAGGAACUGCAGGAACGGGGCGUGUGUUGAAGUGUCUCCAGCUUCCUACCAGUGCCGAUGCUUUACUGGAUAUACAGGUACUUUCUGCUCGGAGAAGAAGAGCCCCUGUGGGUCCAGCCCGUGCAGAAACGGCGGUGAAUGUGAGGAACGUGGCGAGACGUACGUUUGCUCGUGCCUGGAGGGAUUCACCGGCUCCAACUGCGAGACGGAAUUCGACCAAUACUGCGCAACGCUCGGAUGCCAACAGGAAUCGGCCUGUAUCCCCGACCAAACUAACUCCACAUGUGUGUGUUCCGGGCCGGACUGCAGGGGGCAGCAGGGCGGGCCGUGCCACCCGUCUCCCUGCCUGAACCGGGGCAGCUGCCUGGCCAGGGGAAAUCAGUACUACUGCAGAUGCCUGCGAGGCUUUUCCGGGAAGAACUGUGAAGAUAUAAUUGACUACUGCAGGCUGCUCUCUGUUAACUGCUCCAAUGAAGGAUUGUGCCUCAGCCUAAUUGGCGGAUAUAACUGUGUCUGUGCUCCGGGUUGGACGGGGGAAUUGUGUCGGUACGUGGCGGACGCUUGUUUAAUCUACCCGAACCGGUGCCUGAACGGAGCGACAUGCCUCAGCCUGAGCCAACCAACAGCGCCCCCACAGUACACCUGUGUGUGUUUACCUGGAUACACAGGACGUCACUGUGAGACUGAAAUAAACGAGUGUGAUUCCAGGCCCUGUCAGCACGGCGGCUUGUGUGAUGAAUUUGAUGGAUACUACACAUGCUCCUGUCCAACAGGGUUCGUUGGGCUGAACUGUGAGGUGGAUGUGAAUGCGUGCUCUGUGCUGAACGUCUCCUGUCCUGCUGGGAUGGUUUGUGUGGACGCUCCUGAAGACCUGCAUUAUACCUGCCGCAGACCGUGUCCCCGUACCGUACAGCCUUGUGCCAACGGGGGGCGCUGUUUUCUCAGCAGAGGCAGCAGCUACAGCUGUGAUUGUGCCCCUGGCUGGACCGGCCCGAACUGCUUGGUGAAUAUCGACGAAUGCCUGCAGAACCGAUGCCUGAACGGCGCCACCUGCAUCGACAGGGUUGGUGGGUACAGUUGUCGCUGUGACCACGGAUACACUGGCGUCCACUGUGAACUCCGUGUUGACCACUGCCUUGGCCAUCAGUGCUCAGAACACGGCGUCUGCCUGAACCAGCGGCACAACUACACCUGCCGAUGUGUGCCGGGAUACGAGGGGACGCUGUGUGAAAUCGAGACAGACGAGUGCAGCAGUUCUCCAUGUGCUAGCGGCGCCACCUGUGUGGACUCUGUUGCCAGUUACUGGUGCCUCUGCGCUUCUGGCUUUGAAGGUCGGACCUGCUCGGAGAAUACCAACGACUGCUGGUCCAUGCCCUGCCUUAAUGGAGGAUCCUGCGUGGAUCUAAUCAAUGACUACAUUUGUAUCUGUCCGUCCGGUUUGGAGGGCGAGCUCUGUGAAAGGAAGCCUAAUGACUGUGACUCGGGCUUCUGCGUGAAUAAUUCCACCUGCAUUGACCUGGCAGGGGAUUAUGCAUGCGUCUGCCCCGAGGGAUUCGCCGAUAAGAACUGCUCUACGCCGGUCCCGACCUGCACAUCUCCGGAUAAGACCUGCCCGAACCACGCCGACUGCUGCAGCUGUCCGCCAGGAUUCGAUGGAGACGACUGCUCCAGAGUGGUGAACAGGUGCCCGUCCGAUCAGUGCGACGCCCGAGGAACGUCCACAUGCGAGGAGCUGGAGGGCACCUUCAGGUGUAUAUGCCGGCACGGAUUCACUGGGAAACAGUGCGAGACUCCCAUCAGCCACUGCGUAAAGGAUCUGUGCCACGCCGGGUCCACGUGUGUAGACCUUCCCCGAGGGUUCGAGUGCCAGUGUUUGCCUGGGUUAACCGGACGCUUCUGCGAGAUCGACAUCGACGACUGCGCCUCGAAACCAUGCGGCGCCCUCAGCAUCUGUAAAGACGGCCUCAACUCCUACCACUGCUACUGUGCACCUGGAUUCAUCGGUAAUAACUGUGAGACGGAGGUAAACGAGUGUCUGAGUCAGCCCUGCCACAACGGCGCCGCCUGCUCCGACGAGCUCAACGCCUUCAGCUGCAGCUGCCCCAACGGAACCGCAGGCCGAUUAUGUGAAAUCAAUGUGAACGAAUGCCAGUCGUCUCCAUGCCUUAACAACGGCACGUGCCUGGACCUGGCCAACGGCUUCCACUGCAGCUGCCCUCCAGGCUUCACCGGACCUGAGUGUGAGCUGGACGUUGAUGAGUGCUCCUCUUCUCCCUGCAAGAAUGGGGGCACUUGCAUUGACCAGCCGGGUAAUUACUACUGCCAGUGUGCGGCUCCAUUUAAAGGUGUGAACUGCGAGUUCCUGCCGUGCGAAGCCAACAACCCGUGUGAGAACGGGGCAGAGUGCGUGGAGGAGGCCGAUCGGGCGAGCUUCCCACUGGGCUUCCGAUGCCGCUGCGCUCGGGGCUUCGCCGGCCCCCGCUGCGAACUGAACAUCGACGAGUGCGCCUCCAGCCCCUGCCAACACGGCUACUGCCACGACGUGGUGGACGGGUUCUACUGCCUGUGUAACCCGGGCUACGCCGGCGUGCGGUGCGAGCAGGGUAUCGAUGACUGUGUCGGAAACAUGUGCCAGAACAACUCCACCUGUGUUGACCUUCACCUGAGUUACCAGUGUCUGUGUGGUCCGGGUUGGGAGGGGAACUUCUGUGAGCGUCAAACGGACGAGUGCAAAUCAAACCCCUGCAAAAAUAACGCCACCUGCACCGACCUGCCCAACGCCUACAGGUGCGAGUGCGCUCGGGGCUGGGCCGGUCCCGACUGCGGUGAUGACGAGCAGGAGUGCGCCUCCUCGCCCUGCUAUAACGGAGCGCAGUGUGUGGAGUCGGACGUCCCGGGGGAGUUCUCCUGCACCUGCCCCCCUUUCUUCACCGGCCCACUCUGCAGGACCUCCUACGACCCCUGCGACCUCUACAGUGACCCCUGCCUGCACAACUCCACCUGCAGCCCCCGGCCGGACGGCAGCGCCGAAUGCGCUUGCCCCGCAGGGUUCCAGGGAUCCCGCUGUGAAAUCGACACCAAUGAGUGCGGCUCCAGUCCAUGCCAGAACCAGGGCCACUGCGUGGACGGGGUCAACACUUACUACUGCUACUGCAAGCCGGGUUUUUCAGGGCAGCACUGUGAGGAAGACAUCAACGAGUGUCGCUCCAACCCCUGUCUGAACCGCGGCGUGUGCCAGGACCUCGUGAACAGCUUCCGAUGCUCCUGCCCGCCUGGAUUCUUCGGAGCCCUGUGUGAUUUGGAUGUGGACGAGUGUGAGAUCUCGCCCUGCCUCCACGAUGGAGUGUGUAUCAACCAACCUGGCAACUUCAUGUGUGUGUGCAGUCCCGGCUUUACUGGUCCACGGUGCGAGCUGAACGUGGACGAGUGUAUCUCCAGUCCGUGCCGUAACGGCGGGCGCUGUGUGGACGGGCAGAACGGGUACCAGUGCCUGUGCUCCGGCGGGUACAUGGGCUCGGACUGCGGCAGCGACAUUGACGAAUGCGCCUCCGGCCCCUGCGUUCACGGGAGCUGCACGGACGGGAUCGACGGGUACCGCUGUCACUGUGAGACGGGAUGGAGUGGACUCAGAUGCGAGACUAAUGUUGAUGAGUGUGGCUCUCGGCCCUGUCUGAACGGCGGCUCCUGCGUGGACUUGCUGGAUAAAUACGCCUGUAUCUGUAUCCAGGGCUACAGCGGUAAACACUGUGAGCUGGACCUGGACGUCUGCCUGCAGAAGCUCUCUAACUUCUCGCUCUGCUUUAACGGCGGGACCUGCGUGGACGGCCCGGGGUCCAAUUUUACAUGCAGGUGUCCGGCGGGGUUCGCGGGGGAUUUCUGCGAGGUGGACGUGAACGAGUGCUGCUCCGAGCCAUGCUUCCACGGAGCCAUCUGCCAAGACCUCAUCAACGGCUACCGGUGCCACUGCAGACCAGGUUGGACAGGCCUUCACUGUGAGGAUGACAUUAAUGAGUGCCUGCCGCAGCCGUGCGACCAGGGGAUGUGCAUCCAGAACCAGCCGGGCCACGGCUACACCUGUUUCUGUCGGCCUGGAUUUGUGGGCAGGAACUGCCAGUAUAAUUAUGAUGACUGUCUGCUCCAGCCGUGUCCUGAGGGCUUCUUCUGCGUGGACGGGAUCAACACGGUCAGCUGUGUUCCUGUGGAGACUGAUGGCGUCUCGGUCCCGCCGCCGUGGGGAUUUACUCCCGGCGUUCCCACCAUUCCCAGCUUUCCCAGCUUUCCCAUCACCGUAUCGCCAGUGGACGACCUGCUCGAAGUCCAGCAUUCAGAAGAUAUAGAGUAUGGAAGAUACUCUGGUGAUUCUUUUCUGGAGUUUGAUGGUAUAGAUCUGGGGGCUGUGAGUAAUAUCACACUACGCUUCCAAACUUGGGCUCAGAACGGAACCCUGCUGUAUAUAGACCAGGGGCGUGUCCACCGAGGCUUCUUCUUCAUCAAGCUCCACCUCUUAAACAGGAAGCUACAGUAUGAUUUCUCCUGUAAUCAAGAGGAAGGAAUUCGGAGGAUAAAUACUGACAUACAGGUCAAUAACGGCAACGAGUACCUGGUGCAUGUGAGACAGUAUCUGGCUCCUUGUGAAGCGGAGAUCCUCGUGUCCGGCUUCCAGCGAAUCAGAAGCGUCCCGAGUAACUACUGGUCGGGGCUGAGCGUUCAGAGGACAGGACAUGUCUUCGUAGGAGGUCUUCCACUCAGUCGUCCUCCAUACAAGGGAGCCGAGCCCUUCUACAACUACAGCGGCUGUAUCCAAAUCAUCGAAAUUAAUAAGCUGCGAGGAUUCCGCUCAUCCGCCGCCCUCGCCGUCAACAACCUCGACAACUGCAGGUCUCUGUGGCACCAGGACCCCCCGGCGGGCACCACCGCUCCCCCUCCUGUAUCCAGCGCAUUAGAGACCACCCCCAGCGGCGCUGACAGCACGAAACCCCUCCCCACGGCCCCGCCCUCGCCCUGCGCCGACGGGCCCUGCCGCAACGGGGGCACCUGCCAGCCGCUGUCGCUGCCCAGCGGGGCGGCAGCCUUCCUCUGCGACUGCCCCCUGCACUUCACCGGCCGUCUGUGUGAGAAAGAAAUCUCUGUGUUCUUCCCUUCGUUCAGCGGAUCUUCCUUCCUGGAGCUCCAGACCCUCACUGCUCUGAUUUCCUCUGAGUUUGAAGCUUCAUCUGCUGCAGAUACAGUGAGCAUUUACCUCACUGUAAAAACCAGAGCCGAGCACGGAACUAUACUGUACACUCAGGAGCAGAACUUCGGCGAUCGCUUCCUCCACAUUUUCCUCCAAGAUGGCCGCCCAACUGCCAGACUGGGCUGCGGUGGCGUCCACGUCCUGCACAGCGCUGCCAGUCAGAACAUUGAGAAUAACACCGUGGUGCCGAUAACAGUGAGAUAUCAGCUGCCGGUCGGUGAGGAUGGAGGGUUGUGUAUGAUUGAAAUAGCUGCCGCUAAUGGAGCCGGUAAUCGGCGGCAGGAGUACGUGGCGGAGGCCGUGUCUGAGGUUGCGUUUGGGCCGAUGUUUCUUGGUGGAGUUCCGUCCCACUCUGAGUUCCACGACAGUGCGGGGAAUGGUUCUGGAUUGGUGGGCUGUAUCCGAGAGCUGCAGAUCAACUCUAGAGAGUUUUAUAUCGUAGGAAAAGCGGUUCGAGGCAGAAACAUCCACAACUGUGAUCAGCCGGUCUGCCAGCUCCAGCCGUGCAGGAACGGAGGAACCUGCAUCAGCGAUGCAGAGAACUGGUUCUGCCUGUGCCCCCCGCUCUACUCGGGCAAGCUGUGCCAGUUCACCGCCUGCCAGCGUAACCCGUGUGCUCACGGCGCCACCUGCAUUCCCAAGUCCCAGCUGGAGACGGUGUGUCUCUGCCCGCAUGGACGGCAGGGUCUCCUGUGUACUGAGGCGAUUAACAUCACGCGGCCGCGGUUCAGCGGGCUGGACGAGUUCGGCUACACGUCGUUCCUGGCGUUCCCGCCCAUUCCCAGCAUCAGCUACUUCUACCAGUUCCAGCUGAAGCUCACCUUCGCCAGUAACGUCUCCGCCCUGAGGGACAACCUCAUCCUCUUCUCUGGACAGAAGGGUCAAGGUAUUAAUGGAGACGACUUCUUUGCACUGGGAGUGAAAAAUGGACGAAUCUUUCAUAACUACAACCUCGGCUCUGGACUGGCCACUAUCGUCAGCGACCGAAUAAACUGGAGGAUCAAAAUACACACAGUGCGCUUCGGACGAUACCUCAGAAACGGAUGGCUGAAGGUUGAUAACCAAAGAAACAAGACUGGCUCCGCCCCCGGCCAACUGGCGGGUUUAAACACCUUCAGUCGGCUCUACGUGGGCGGCUACAACGAGUACACCCCGGAGAUGCUGCCCAUAGGCUCCAGAUUCAAGAACAGCUUCCAGGGCUGCAUCUUUGAUGUGCAGUUCCGGACCCGAGCAGACGGGAAGUUUCGUGCUCCGGGAGAUCCUGAAGGUCAGCCGGUGUCGGGCCGCAGUGUAGGUCAGUGUGGAGUCAGUCCCUGCAGCCUCGUCCGCUGCCAGAAUGGAGGAACCUGUGUGGACUCGGGAUCCUCUGUGUACUGCCAGUGUGUGUUUGGGUGGAAAGGUGCCCUGUGCUCGGAGAGGGUGUCGUUCUGCGAUGAGGAACAUGCCCCGCCCCCUUCCUGCGCCCGUGGCUCCACCUGCAUCCCACUUCCUGAUGGCUACACCUGUCAGUGUCCCCUGGGCACCGCCGGGCAGUUCUGCCAGCAAGUUCUCUCCAUCAGUGACCCGUUCUUCAGUGCCAAUCAGUCCUCCUGGAUGGCGUUUCCUCAAAUCAGCAUGAGGCACAGGACGGACCUCCAGCUGCAGUUCCAGACACUGGCGCCAGAGGGCAUCCUCUUCUACACAGCUCAGUACCUGAACUCCCGAGCAGGUGACUUCAUCAGUGUGUCUUUGGCGUCUGGGUUCGUUCAGCUGCGCUACAGUCUUGGAGAUGGAACCGUCGUCCUGGAGUCUCGGAACAGAGUGGACUGGACCGGCAGGACGUGGCACACCGUGAGGGCCAGCCGCGAAGGUAACCAAGGCCUCCUGGCUCUCGACGACCAGGAGGUCACGCACAACAUCUCGGCAGGCAUGACCACUCUGGACGUGGCCACUGAGAUAUUUGUCGGCGGCGUUUCCAACCUCAACCUGGUCUCGUCGGAUGCGGUGGAGAAGGAGCCGGUGGGUUUCACCGGUGGCAUCCGCGAGGUCGUCGUUAACGGGCGUGACCUGGAGCUCACGGAGGGAGGGGCGCUGAACGGAGCGAACGUGGGCGACUGGGAUGGAACAGGAUGCGGGUACAAGGUGUGUCGGAACGGCGGCUACUGUCGCCCGCUUGGUCUCGACUCGUUUGUGUGCAUUUGCCCCGCCCUCUGGACAGGUCUCCACUGCGAACUUUCUGUUUUCUGCGUCGACAACCGAUGUCGACACGGCUCUCUCUGCGUUCCCGACGUCGUGAACGGAUCGUACUCGUGCGUAUGCACUCUCGGGAGGAACGGGACUUACUGCGAACAGCAGGUGUCAAUGAGGACUGCGCGAUUUGUCGGGAAUUCGUACCUCAAAUAUCGAGAUCCAAGGUACAAUUCCAGAAAUUUGAUGUUCACGCAAGUAUCGUUCAACCUUUCCGCGAGUUCCGAAGACGGACUGAUUCUCUGGAUGGGUCGGGCGGAGACCGAGGACGACGAUUACCUCGCUGUGGGACUUCAGGACGGUUACCUCAAAGUCGCCGUCAACCUCGGCGAGAAGAUCGCUCUGCCUCUAAUCUCUCGUAACGCGACGCUCUGCUGCGAACAGUGGAAUUACAUAACCAUCGUCCACAAUCGCACUGUCGUCCAGGCUUUCCUUAACGACGAUAGAGUUCUCUUUGAGGACAUCGACCCUUUCGAGCGCUACGUUGCCGUCAAUUACGGAGGCGUGUACUAUUUCGGAGGCUUUGAGCUGAACAGAGACGUGGCGUCCGUCUCGUCCGGACUCUUCUUCUCGGGGUUUGUGGGAAACAUCAAAGACGUUCUUUUAUAUCAAGACGCAAGAACUCUGCAGUUUCUUCCCACAUAUGAGGGCUUUAAUGUUUAUCAAGGAGAUGAUUAGAUUAGAAUUAGGAGUUUACUUUGAUGUUGUGUUCCAUUUACCUCUAAAGCCUGAUUAUGGCCACACUGGAGUUAAACAUUUCAAUUAUCACACAAUUAUUCUAUUUUAUAUCGUUCUUAAAAAGAAAUGAUCCAAAAACUAGUUUGAAAAUCAUUUAAUGACAAUAGUUUAUGUUUAAUACAACCAAAAUAUGUCCCUUUUUUAUGUUCUAGGUUAGAAUAAUUGCUAGCAUUGUUCCAGCUUAGUGUUGUUAGCAUUAGACACAACAUUUAGCAUCAGAUUGAAAAUAGAAGUAAUGUUCCAUGAACCUUCUGAAAAACGUUAUUAUUUCUCACAUAACAUUACGUUCCAAGCUAGACAAAUACAAACAUUAUAAAAACGUUAAAUAAAGUAACAUUUUCAAAACUUAAAGUAAAAAUAAUAACAUGUUAACAUGACAUUGCAUCACAUUUAAAAAUGUCAAAUAAAAAUGUUACAUCCAAAUGCCACAGAUAGAAGUUGGACAGUACUGUGUGUAGGACUGAUUUAAUGAAGUUCUAGUAAAUAAAGGUGAUGAUAAACUGUAUAAUACUGCUACUUUUACUACUCUUGAUUAUCUGGUGGCCAUCUUGGAUUCUGGACUUCGCAAAGGUAAGGCAACUGUGAAAUCCGAGUUUAAGAAAACGUGACUAAUUAAACAAAAAAAAAGAAUGUUAAAAGAAACGCUCGGAAAACAUUCUACUAUCCACAGAUAGAAUUUGGAAAAUACUGUGUGUAAAACUGUUUUUGUGAGAUUUUAGUAAAUUAAAGUGAUAAUAAACGGUAUAAUAAAACUA